AGACGGAGGCUCCGGGGCUAAGGACUUAGCCGAAUGCGUGGAACUGCUGCUCCAGCUGGGGGAGCCGGCAGAAGAGCUGUGCGACGAAUUCCUCUCCCACGCCCACUGCCAGCUGGAGGCCGAACUGCAGACCCUGGAAGCUGAGCUGGGAGACGGGUCGCGCUUAGGGGCAGCCGGCCCAGUGACCGACAUCCUUGAAUUCACGGACCGCGGUUGCAACAACUUUGUCAGCAACAUCUGCCUGGUGAUCGCCUCCUACCAGGAGCUGUUCAUACACCGGGAGGGCGCCCAGGGCAUUGCCCGCAUGGCUCACGACAAGCUGGUGGCCUUUGUUGACGGCCUGAUGGAGCGCUACUUCGCCCUGGUCGAGAGGCGCAUUCAGCUCGAGAAAGGGGUGGGAGACAACUCCCUGCUGGUGCGGGCGCUCGACCGCUUCCACCGGCGUCUGCAAGCCCUGGCCAAGCUUUUGCCGGCCUCGCGGGCGUCCGCCGAAGGGACGGAGAUUGUGGUGCGCGCAGCCAAGGAGCGCAUCCGGCAAUACCUCCAGGCCUUAGAAUGCUUCUACCUGGACUGCCUGACGGACGUGCGCCAGUCCCUGGCUGCCCCUCGCCUGGUGGGGAAGGAUAACCCCAGCCUGGCAGAGCUGCUGGGCACCAUCUCGGCCUCCAUCCUCAACCAGAUCAAAUCUGUCCUCACCUACGUUCACCUCUUCACCGCCAAGGACAUCAACUUCUCCAACAAGUCUUACUUCAAGGGCGAAUUUUGCAGCCAAGGUGUCCGCGAAGGCCUCGUGGUCAGCUUCAUUAAGUCUCUCUGCCAGAUCGCUCGGCAGUUCUGCGAGAGUUCGGGCGACAAAGGAGGCUCCAGCCCCCCAGCUCUCUUGCUGCUCCUCUCCCGCCUCUGCCUGGAUUACGAGACGGCCACCAUCAGCUACAUCCUCACCUUAACCGAUGAGCAGUUCCUGGUACAGGUAGGGCCGGAGGGUGGCCGGAGAGCAAAUUCAGAAGUCCAAACCUUAGAGAACACCUAGGCUUCCCCAGCAGCCUGAAAUCGGGUCCUCGUCCCCAUAAACCACUUUUUUAUU